UCCCUCCCGUUGAUCAACGCCGAGGGCCCGAGGGAGCGAGGGCGGCCCGGGAGAAACCUAGGAGUAAUAAGUUAAUCAAUCUCGCGCGGCAGAAUCUUCUGUCUAUUGAUCCGCGGCGAGAGAUGGAUUAACGGCCGUCAUGCGAUCGCGUGGUGGCGAGAAGGCGACGCGGCACUUCCGAGGAAACGAGACCACUGUUUUUAACCGAGUCCCGUGAGCGCGAGAACCGCUCGUAUCCGAGUCGACAAAUUCACGUCUUCGUGAACAAGAUUGCAGGCAAGAUGAGCAGCCAGUUGAAUAUAACGGUCAGGCCGGAGGUAAGACUGGACGCCAAGUGGCUGAAGACUGAUCUGCAACGAUUCCUUUAUCGCGAUGGUCUGGCCGAGUUGUGGAACGAGAUGGUACGCGACGGCGAGAUCGUCGGCUCGUUCAGCGACGGUUUGAUCAAUGCCGCUGGAAUCGUGGCGAAGAAGGGCGAGAACGGCAACUAUUACUGUGGUAUGAGAGUGUUGUCGUGUCUCUGCUGCGACGGAAUUUGUGGCCCGCAACAUGGCUGUAAUUGUACUCCGUGCCAGAAGCUGGACGAGGAAGAGACCGCGAGAACGACAGCGAUGGUUGAAAAGGCUACGUCUGCCAGGCGGAUAAUGGACUCGUGGCUCUGGGGACCGCCGCCAUCGUUGACAGACCUGAGAGGAUGCAUCGAUUUGUCGAUUAAGGAGCAACGGAAGCUGUGCUGCGAGGUCGCGAAUAGCACGUUGUCCGCGACGCGUUUGAGACAGCGCUUGAUAGUCGCUCGAAGAUAUUUCACCGCGCUGUCUCGCCAUAAGCCACAAGAGAUCAAAGAUACCUCAAGUUUACCAAAGUCUAUCGGAAAGUUACAAAAAACGCCGAGACCUAACGAAAAGGCGACCUUAGGAUUAGCGCGCGUCGGCUCACGCGCGGCCCUCAAUUUCUCGUUCGCGUACUUAAGACGGGCUUGGAGAUCCGGGGAGGACGUGGAAUUUUGUAGCGAAUUACUGACCGAGUCACUGGAAGCGUUGCAGUCGUUACCGGAGGCGACUCUCUUCGACGAGAGCAACGUCUCCCAAGUCUGGCUGGAGGUCGUAGAAAGAUCAGCAAAAUUUUUAAGACAAGUUGUCACGGGGGAAGUAACUACCGGGCGAUCAUGGCGUCCCGUGCCGUUGUCAGACCAGCACACGGCUCUUUGCUUGUUACUGGAGCUGGUUGCGCAACGAGCUACUCUUUCUAGUUUAUUAGAUUCCGUGGUUUUAUUGCUCCAUCUCAGCGGCAAACACAAAAAUCAGGACAAUCGAGUGACGCCGCCCGGUAGCACGGCACCGCUCGUCCCGCUGUUGCGGCGACUGAAUAUGAUACCAGCGACGAAAUCGCGCAGGCACCUCGACAGAAACGUCACGCCGGGACCGUGUGAAGUGCUACUCAAGUAUUUACGAUUACCGGACGACGACGCCGUGUCCGUCGACUUGAGGAAAGCCGCGGUCAUUAUAAUGUGUAACUUGAGCAGAUUGGCCGCCCCCCUUUUGCCACCCGCUAGCGCCGAGUACGGAUUCCCGAGGAACGGAAACGGCAGGCAAACGUUUCAGGAGGUGCUGGCUUGGGGCGGUGUAAAGUUUGGAAACGGCUCCACUCCGUUUUACUGCGACGCGAUCGCGGAAUUGGGCAUAAAGCAGUUGUGCUGCACCGAACGAGCGCUAAUGAUAUUGUCAUUGAAUGGCAACGUUUACAAUAUGUAUCACGGAUCCGAAACUCAGUAUCCUCAAAGAGUGCACGGUUUCUCCGACAAGUCGGUCACGAUGAUCGCGUCCCAUUCGGACGGCAAGCAUUACUUGGCGCUAACGCAGGACGGCUGCGUGUACUCCUGGGGCAACGGGGACGGCGGUCGGCUCGGACACGGCGACACCGUCUCGUACGACGAGCCGAAAUUGAUCGAGGCGCUUCUGGAGAAGAACAUCGUGUUUAUAGCGUGCGGCAGCACGUACUCGGCGGCGUUGAGCGCCAGCGGCGAAUUGUACACGUGGGGAAGAGGAAACUACGGUAGAUUGGGCCACGGUAAUUUCGACGAUGUCAUGAGUCCAACCUUGGUGACAACGUUGAAAGGUCACACGGUCACGCACGUGGCCUGCGGCAGCGGUGACUCUCAAACCUUGUGCGUGACCGCGUCUGGCAUAGUCUUCUCCUGGGGAGACGGCGAUUACGGGAAACUCGGCAGGGGAGGCACGGACGGAUCCAAGACGCCGAAGAUCGUCGACAAGGUGUUGGACAUCAACGUGGUGAAGGUGUUUUGCGGCGGCCAAUUCUCCGCGGCGCUGACGGCCCACGGGGAGGUGUACACGUGGGGCAAAGGUGACGCGUAUCGCCUGGGCCACGACAACGAGGAACACGUCAGAUAUCCCAAGGUCAUUGAAUCGUUGAGGGACAAGAAGGUCAAGGAUCUGUCUGUAGGCACCACGCACAUAUUAGCGCUGACCGAGGAUCAGUUCGUUUACGGAUGGGGUAGAAAUGAUUAUGGUCAAAUCGACCCCACGUUAGGUCCCGUUGUCCCCGAGCCUACGUUAUGCCCGACGUUAUCCUCGAAGACGGUUAUCGGUUUGGCAUCAGGCCCGACUCAGAGCUUUGCCUGGUGCAUGUCAGCGUGGUCGGGUGGAGCCAGCAGAGUGGCCUUCGUUGUCGACAUAUGCGAGGAGACUUUUCAAUUGCUCGACACACUCCUGUCCAAGUCUUGCGAGGGCCUGCCGGGAAUACGACCGCCUACGCAGGACCGCGAGUGCCUGGCGGUAGCCACGUUGAACUUGCUUCGAUUACAGCUGCAUACGAUGUUAACGCAUAACAUUGACACUAAAUCCGUCGGACUUGCAACUAGCAGUCCGCUGUUAAGCUCCUUGAAGCAACGCUGUGUUAAUCUGGCAAGUGCGACCGGGAUAUUAGCGACGAUACAGGAAGCGGCGCAGGCGGUUCUGCAGACUGGCUGGAGCGUACUGUUGCCGACGGCUAAUGAGCGCGCGAAGACCCUGUCCAGCUUCCUGCCAAAUACCUCGAACAACAUGGAACAAUCUAGUUCAACGAAUAUAUACAUAAAUAGUGGUCAGCGGUUCAUGGCCGAUUUACUAGUAUCUAGUCUAAUGGUGGAUGGCGGAUUGGAGUUGGCGUUGAAGGCUGCGAUCAAGGUGGAAAUAGCGGACAUGCCGGACGAGAAGGAUUUCCUCGACGUGGGCACGUCGAACGUCGUCAAGGCGAAGAUCGAGACGAGGCAGGCGAUGAAAGACGGUUUUAACACCGGGAAGAACAUCACGACUAUCUCUCUGCUUCAGCUGAUACAGCAGUUAAUUAGGAACGGCACGUGCAUCACGCAAUCCAGACUGCAGCAAAGUUCGUCGCAGCAGAUGGAUCGAAACGAGCAUCUUCGAAGAUUCGACAACUCGCCCAGCCUGAAUCUCCUGCUGCGUUUCCAACGUUUGCUGAUCGCGCAGGUGUACGAGUGUAUCACGCGCAAGUCACGCGCGGAAGAUCUGCACGAUCAGGAGAUGAUGGGCGCGGAAUCGCUCCUAAAAAAGUACAUUGCGCAGAUCUGCAACCACGCGACCGAGAUACUGCCGUCAGCGGCUGAGAUAGGCGGUCGUUCCGUCAAAGAUUUCAUCUCCAUCGCCGGCGUCCUGAAAAGCGACAUAAUCAACGUAUUGCUUUCCGAGCUGGUGACUUGUCUGAUAUUGCUGCAAGUGGACUACUCUAUGCUGCUCAUCGAUAUGAAUUGGAUGGAGGUAAUUGCGCCGAUUCUCGACUCGUUGGACCACUUCGUGAAACUGGCGCCGACGAUGGAGAAGAACGAAGCGGACGAUUUGUCCUGGCCGGGGAUCAUCGCGCCGCUGCACGGAAAUAAGAUACCCAUCCAGGAGGAGCCGUCGUUGAUACGGUGGGCGGACCUGGAGAAUCACAAUCGCGACGGCGGCCUCUGGGUGGUGGUGAACAACAAUGUUUACGACGUGCAGGAUAUCAGGAACGACGGCUCCUGGUCUCCUUACGAGGUGUUGCAACGGUACGUCGUCGGGCGGGACGAAAGCUCGGCGGUGACGCAAUGCGGCGCGCCGCACGGCCAGCUGUCGCCACCGAGGGGCAUGAUGGAUUCCUGCUUCGUCGGUCAUUAUUGCCAGGCCGAGCCCGACGAGAACGCACGGGUGACGAUCGAGGUGACCGACGUCUGUUCGUCCCUGCUCGACACGGAGAGAGCCCUGGGAUUUUUGCUGGGCUUGCACGCCUACCGAAUGCGACAGAGCCUGACGCUUCAGUCGGCGGAGAAAGAGGCCGGUGUGUGGCUCACCGCGAGUUUCUUGCGGGGCGGCCUGCAAGUCCUGCAACCCCCGAAUCCGUACGAAGAAGAGAAGGACGAAGCGAGGAGCAACACGUCGACCGCCGCCAACUCGCCCACGGAACCGCCGCUCCCGGUGCACGCGAAGAACGAGCAGCAGAAGGAGCACGACGACCGAACGAUCGCGUUUAUACACGCGUUAGCGGAGGCGCAUAAAACCGACGACGGCCACGUUCGAGCGUUCUUAACGAUAGUCGACAGAUACUCCAAGGCUAACAAUCUGUUCUCGCACGCUGACUUUUGCGGCGAUCAUCCAGUCGAGGAAAUCAGUCGCGUUCUAAUGGCUGUGAUUAUAAAACACCUUGGCUUGGGGCAACAAGCGCUGGCGUUAGCGGAACAGGAAUUGAAGACGGUCAACAGCGCGAAGCUGAGCACUCAGCUGGCCGACAUGGUGCGAGCGAUUUAUCAGACCAAGUGGAACCUGGUGCGGAUCAGGCAGCAACAGAAUCGCAGUUACAAGGAAGUUUGCGCGCCCGCGCAGGAGAGAUGCAGAUUUCUCUUGUACGAGGUGAGGUCCGCGACGAGUUACGAAGUUAAAGGGCUCGAGGAUCUGAAGCUGCUGCACACCGUUCCCAGAUUCAAGAGAGCCGUUCGCACGGUUCUAGCCGAUAUUCGCAAGAACAAAGAUUCGCCCGGCGGGGGCGGCGGUAAACCGGAGGACAUCCUGAACGCGUCGAUACAAAACGCCAAGACGAAAAACAAACCGGACGAGGAUACGACGGCCUCCUCCAAGGAAGGCCUGACCGCCGCGGCUUCCUCCUCCACGAAACUGGAGGACAUAUCGGACAUAAAGAACAAAAUUAUGCAGAUAACCGAGAAGAUUCGAUGCGGGCCGAUGCAUUGGGCCACCGCCGACUACAACGGUUUAAUGACGAGUAUCAUCGAGUUCGUCAUCAACGACGGCAUCAGCGGGGACGUCGAGACACUGCGCCGCGCGAUGUACUGCCAGAUACAACGCGCUCGCGUGCGGGAACAAGGUAUCUCAAUGAUGCGGGAAUUAUUGAAGAAAGACUACCUGAUACCGUCGGUGAAAUACUCGUUGCUUAACGGCUGGCUGGGCUUGACCUAUGAGAACAAGUCUCUCAGCGACGGAAUCGUGCACUGCCUGUACGAUAUACAGUUAACGACCCCGUAUCAAAAGUCUAAAGUCAUCCUGGCUGAGGCCGAGGUAAUCUCAUGGGCGGUGCAAGCUCUACGGACGUACGUCGUACAGGCGGAGUUGCCGAGCAAGCAAAAGGUCAGCGGUAAGAGCAGCUUGAAUCAAGGUACCUAUACUUGGCUGCGAAAAUUACCGAGAGCGAGAUUCCUGCUGACUAUUCUCGGCAUGCUGACCAAUCACCAGUGCGCCAACAAGAUCGGGCUGCUAGUUAAUUCGGGCCUCUUGUCGAGCAUCCUGACUUUACUGAGACAGAUCGGCCCAUCGUCGGCAAGUUUCUGCGAGGGCGGCGAGGGACAGCAAGUCGGAGAAGGCGAGACGCCGAAAAUUAAGACGGAGAUCACGGCGGUCUACGAGGACACCCUUCAGAAGAACAAACCGCCGACUGUUCAGCUUAGCGGAACGGAGCUGGCGGCGCUGAUGAAGGUCGGCACUCGGGUUGUACGGGGGGCCGAUUGGAAGUGGGGUGAUCAGGAUGGUCCACCACCUGGCGUAGGUAGAGUCAUCGGCGAGCUCGGCGAAGACGGGUGGAUAAGGGUUCAGUGGGACAACGGCGCGACGAAUUCGUAUCGCAUGGGUAAGGAAGGUAAAUACGAUCUAAAGCUGGCCGAUCCACCGACGCCGCCCGACGAUGACAGCGAUGAGACCGACAGCGAUACUUCGCUCGAUGGAAGUAAGACGGAGAACACCGGUUUCCGCGGGGAGGAUCUACACCCGACCACGUGCCUCAAAUCGGCGUCGACGAACUUGCUGCGGAUAAUCUUACUCUCCUGCGGCGUGGAAGCUGAUAAAGUACCCGCGAUAUCCAUCAAGAUCCUCACCUCCACUCUGCACGGUAUAAUAUCGACUGCGAACAGAUUCGGCGAGUCGACCACGCAUGUUCAACUGGCGAGGCAGCAUCACGAAACUUGGGCUACCUUCAGUCUUUUGAGGGCGAUCGCGAAGUCGACGGGACUGUGCAGAUCCUUGAGUUCGCAGGCCUGGCUCGACCUCCUGCUGGGUAUCGUCAUCGACGAAGCUAAGCCCUGCCUUGAGAAGCAAAUUAUGAUCACGAAACUACUGGCGGCUGUUCUGUCUUCGUGGGGAACGGAGACAGCUCUAAGCGACAGGAUACAAUUCUUGGAGAAGUCCUUCGGGAUAUUGGGUCAAGUGGCUCUUUCGUGCGAUAUCGCUGCCGGUUCCGAGCUUCACUCGAACAAGUGCCGUAUGUCCCUGACCGCAUCGUACAGCUCUACCGUAGCCGAGGAACUAACGUGGCUAAUUCGAUUCUUGCAUCCUCUUCCCGGCUGGAACGAAGCCGUAAACAGAUUUCUCUCCGCGAAAUUAGCGUUGGCGGUGGACCUCUGGAACGAUAGCUCGCUGUACCACAUACAGGUGAAUGAGAACGGUGGCGAUAAUGGUCUCAAUAUCCAACGGACGGUCAUGGCGACCCUCGUCGUCAUCGGUGGUUUGGAUAAUAGAAUAAGAAUUGGCGGCUUGGUAAAUUCUGACGGCGAGAUAGGCACCGUCUGCAAGUUUACGAAACACUCCAAGAUCGUUAUGCAGCUGUGCAAUGGCAGCGGGACGCGGAAGAUAGUGCCGUUCCACGCGGUGAAGCAGAUUAACGACAAGUUCCAGCUGGAGAGAAUGCCUUUAACAGAGGCGCUUGUGUCUGUCUGGGCCAAUCUGCUUUUAGGUAUCGCCUGUAUGGAUAAACGACCCGGCGGCAUGCCUGUCAUCGCCGGCGCCGUCAACGCCGCGAUACUACGAAGCCAGCACCAACAGCUCGCGGCUUUGAACGCCGGGAAAGCCAUGCUCGCCUACCAGUCGAAAUUGCGCAAGAUCCUGAAAUAUUCGUUAGCCAAUGAAAUCAAUGACGACGAGAGACGUACCUCCACGCUUUUGCAGGAGAUGCUGUUACGCGCCACGAAGCCGCAGCCACUGAAACCGAUAUUCCAGCGUAGCGAAUUAGAGGAGGCCGCUCUAGCGGUCUCUCAGUAUCUUGUCUCCGAGCUGAGGCAUACACCUAUCCAACGAAACGGCAUGGCUUCGGAUCCUACUACUCCUACGUCCGACUGUUCGUUGGUAUCUUUAACGUCGAGCCAGAGAAGGCACUGUAAGAACUCAACAGCGAGGAGAAGCUCGACGGCGGCGCCUGUAAACCCUUUGGUAGCUCAGUUAGUCGAAAUGGGUUUUCACAGGAAGAGCGUCGAAUUAGCCAUCAAAAGCAUGAGCGUCGCCGAGCAAGGCAACGUAACUGCGGAAAGUGUGGUGGGCUGGCUGUUGGAAAAUCCGGACGCCGCCCUCAGCGACACGGAGACCUUGUCCAGCUUGGACGGGCUGACUGACGGCAGCGACGACUCGAUUAGCGAGGAUUUAGACGAUUCUCCGUCGGGGCAAGAAAGUGCUAUGGGCGGUGGUGCACCGCCCACGUACAUGAAACGCUCGGAUUUCCUGUCGGUCGACGAGUACGCGAUUUACGUGCGCGACAACGUGGUCCCGGGUAUGCUGGUGCGAUGCUGCAAGAGCUACGAGGAGGUGGAGUACGGCGACGUCGGCUUGGUAGUGAAGAUCGACGUGGAGAACCUGCACGAUCUGAACGCGCAGGUUGCGUGGCAACGUAAGGGCAGCAUGUACUGGGUGCGCUUUAUCCACAUAGAACUACUUGGCUAUCCGCCGUCUUUGCCGGGCCCGCCGCCCGCGCUCAAGGUCGGGGAUAAAGUUAGAGUUAAGGCGUCGGUGACCGAGCCGAAGUACAACUGGGGAUCCGUGACUCAUCAUUGCGUCGGAGUGAUCACGGCGAUAACUAAUAACGGCAAGAAUGUGUCCGUAGACUUUCCGCAGCAGCACGGAUGGACCGGCUGCGUCGCCGAGAUGGAGAAGGUACCGUCCUGCCAUCAUUCCGUGACCUGCAACUUGUGCUGCCUGUCGCCGAUUUCCGGCCCCAGAUUCAAGUGCAAGUACUGCGACAAUUAUAAUCUGUGCGAGAAUUGUUUCUACACCAAGCGAUCGCAUCGGCACGGUUUCAAUAGAAUCGCGGAGCCCGGUUCGGCGGCUGUGUACGCCGGCAAGCCAGGCAGAUAUCACAGGCAGGAUAUAUCAGAGUCGUACUUGAUCGACGACUGGUCGAAGUGCAUUAGAACCUUGAGCGUGUCUUCGCGAGAAAAUUGGGCGAUGCACCUGGUGGACGGGUCCGGAAAAUACUGGCAGAGUUGCGGGUCGCAGGGUAAACACUGGAUACGCUUGGAGAUGUUACCUGGGAUCUUAAUACACUCCUUGAAAAUCAUCGUUAAUCCACAGGACAGUAGCUACACGCCUUCCAUAAUAGUGGUCAAUGUAGGAGACUCCUUCACUAAUUUAGUGGAAUUAAGAACGCUAAAUACACGUUAUUCGAAUACUAACGUUAUGUUGCUUCAAGAGAUGAAGGAAUAUUAUCCGUGCGUCGAAGUAGCGAUAAAGCAAUGUCGAAACGGCGGCAUAGACUGUAAGAUACAUGGUUUGCGUAUAAUCGGACGGCAGAAUAUGUUUGAAAAUCAGCUAACGACCUCGGUCUCUUUCCUCGCGUCUGAUUGGGAAGUCCUGCAGGAGCAAGUGGCGAUACAACGUAGCACCGAUGCACCACCUCAGCAAUCAGCCGUUUACGUUUGGGGCUUGAACGAUAAGGAUCAACUGGGAGGUUUGAAGGGAUCCAAAAUCAAGCUACCAGUGUACAGCGAAGUCCUCUCAAAGUUAAAACCUAUUCACAUAGCCGGAGGAAGCAAGACUCUGUUUAUCGUUAGUCAAGAGGGCAAGUUAUACGCUUGUGGAGAAGGAACGAAUGGUAGGCUGGGUCUAGGAGAUGACAACAACGUGUGCGAACCGAAGGCCAUACCUUUCCUGAAUCAAUUCGUGAUAAAGAAAGUGGCGGUACAUUCAGGCGGAAAGCACGCCCUGGCGCUCACUCAGGACGGCAAGGUGUUCUCGUGGGGCGAGGGCGAGGAUGGCAAACUGGGACACGGAAAUUGCGUAUCGCUGGAUAAACCGAAGCUCAUCGAAACGUUGAAGUCGAAAAGGAUCCGAGACAUCGCUUGUGGAUCGGGACACUCGGCGGCGAUCGCGAGCAACGGCGAGCUGUACACCUGGGGCUUAGGCGAGUACGGCAGACUAGGCCAUGGAGACACCAUCACGCAAACGAGACCGAAAUUGGUGCAAGCCUUAGUUGGACAGAGAGUCGUUCAAGUGGCCUGUGGUAGCAGAGACGCGCAAACUAUGGCCUUGACCACCGACGGCUGCGUGUAUUCUUGGGGCGACGGCGACUUCGGCAAGCUCGGUCGAGGCGGAAGCGACGGCUGUUACGUGCCUUUAUUGGUAGAUCGAUUGAGUGGUCUGGGCGUCGUACAGGUGGAAUGCGGGGCGCAGUUUUCUCUUGCCCUGACGAAAUAUGGCGAAGUGUGGACGUGGGGAAAGGGCGAUUACUUCCGCUUAGGUCACGGCAACGAUCAUCACGUUAGAAAGCCCACGCUGGUCGAAGGUUUACGGGACAAGAAAAUCAUUCACGUGGCAGUUGGUGCGCUGCACUGUCUCGCGGUGACCGAUACCGGUCAGGUGUACGCGUGGGGUGACAAUGAUCACGGACAGCAAGGCAACGGAACGACGAGCGUCAACAGGAAGCCGUCGUUGGUGCACGAGCUGGAGGACGCGAGGGUGAACAGAGUAUCCUGCGGCUCGAGUCACAGUAUAGCUUGGGUAUUGGUCGAUCAGCCCAGUAACGGCAACCAAGACCCGGUCGUAUUUCCGACGGUGAGGGAUCCGUUGGGCCAGAUGUGUCUGGGCCUGAAUAACGCGCCUGAGCAGAACAGCGUGGUUGCUGCGACAAGUGACGCCGUCGCCACGAGACCGUCGCUCGCCAGCAUAAUACUCUCGUUAGAGAGCAACGUGGCCAAACAGCAGGCUUUGCAGCACGUGAUAAACGCCCUUCUCAUUAUACAGGCCCGAGUGGCGAUAGUGACGGCUCUGCAGAGCCACUCGAUGCUGAACGGCUGCGCAUCGACGAAGCACGUGUCGCUAGCACCGGUGACGGAAAUAAUACCGCCGUCCGAGGGGGCUAUGACAUCGAGUACGGAGCACGCGGUCUAUCAGAACGUCGGUGACAUCGCGCAAGGCGGGGGUGAGGCUCCGGCGAACGUCGCCGAGGCUGUCAACGUGACCACCAGCCCUAAAUUGUCUCCCGAAUCGGAGGAGUAUCCGCUAGCCAUGUUAGCCAUGUCCAUAUCCAGCUCCGCUAGUCUGUCCUCGCGUGCCUCGAGGAUGUCGACGAGCGCGAUGAGCGUCAUAGCGGCCACUUUGACAUCCAACGCACAGGUGGUGGGCGAGGAUGGUGCAACAGCUUCUGGCUUGGACGAGUUCACGUCAGCGUUAACGGAGGACGAUGCGAGGGUCCUAGUGGACUUGUUAAAGCUCGCGGUAGCCAAUAGAGUCUGCGCGUCGGCCAAAGAGACGAUAGCGUCGGUACUGAUCGCUCUAGGAAAAGUCAACGGUUCUGUCGGUAGUAUGCUCCUGGAACUGUGCGUCACAGAGCUGGAGGACACCGCGGCGAACAGCAAUUGCGUCAACAACUCACCACAACCUGUGGUACAAGAGACGCCGCAUCCUUAUAUAGACGACACCACGUUGACCGGCCACGUAAAGAUACCCGGCGCCGAGGCGCUCCGGGUGGAAUUCGAUCGGCAGUGUUCCACGGAAAAGCGGCACGAUCCGCUCACGAUAAUGGACGGCAGCGGCAGAGUGGUGGCGGUCCGAUCCGGCAGGGAGUGGACCGAGUGGGGCCCGGAGAUCAAGAUCCAAGGGGACGAGCUGAGAUGGCGAUUCUGCUCCGACGGAUCCGUCAACGGCUGGGGCUGGAAGUUUACGGUGUAUCCUAUUCUGGCGAAAACGGCGCCUUACGAGCUCGGAUCCGACAGGGCAGUGUUAUCGCAGCCGACUAUAGCUCUGGCUGAGCAUCUUCUCAUGGACAACAGUCUGAUAAAUUCCGACAGAAACGUUGCCUCGCGUCUGGCCACCGCUCUGGGCCAGUGCAGUCAACUAAGCACUCUAUCCGCGCAACAGAGGAUGUGGGCGUUGAGGAAGUUACAGGUGGUUUACACAAACGGGCCGGGCAUAAGACCCGAGGUGGCACUCUCGUCCCUCCUUAGCUCUCUACCGCAAGCGCUUUUGAGACAGUACACGUACGAAGAUCCUUUGGUUCGAGGCGGCAAGCAAUUGAUGCACAGCGACUUCUUCAAGGUUCUCGUGGCGCUCGCGUGCGACCUCGAGCUAGACGGAACGUCAUUCUGCUCCGAGGUGCACAAGUGGUCCUGGUUCCGAAGGUACUGUCUCGCUGCACGCGUGGCGAAGUCGCUCGUCGACCGUACUCCUCUGCCAAAGGCGUUUUGCUACGAGGUGACGAAGCAACUGAACGAGAUGGCGAUGGACGGCGAUGCCGACUAUACGAAGGAUCAUGAAAAUCACAAUAUAUUCAAGCAGGGACACGACGAGCAGUUGCUACAGUGGCUCAAUCGUCGUCCGGAGGACUGGACGCUCUCGUGGGACGGAUCAGGCGCGAUUUACGGUUGGGGUCACAAUCACCGGGGUCAGCUCGGAGGCUUGGAGGGUCCGAAAGUCAAGCUACCUGCGCCGUGCGAAAGUCUGUCCGCGCUCAGACCGAUCCAACUGAUUGGCGGUGAACAGACUUUGUUUGCUGUAACUGCCGAUGGAAAGAUCUAUUCGACUGGCUACGGAGCUGCGGGACGUCUCGGGAUAGGAGGAACGGACUCCGUUAUGAUUCCGACGCUAUUGGAAUCGAUACAGCAUGUAUUCAUCAAGAAGGUGGCCGUUAGCUCGGGAGGCAAACAUUGCCUUGCUUUGAGUUCGGAGGGUCACGUGUAUUCCUGGGGCGAAGGCGACGACGGCAAAUUGGGACAUGGUAACAAGGUGUCAUACGAUCGGCCGAAAUUGGUCGAGGAUUUACUCGGCGUAGAAAUCGUAGAUAUAGCUUGCGGUGGUCAUCACAGCGCCGCAAUUACCAGCGCUGGUUGGCUCUAUACCUGGGGGAAAGGACGAUACGGACGUCUCGGUCACGGUGACAGCGACGAUCAGUUACGACCGAAGGUAGUGGAAGCUUUGCAAGAGUACAAAGUGAUCGACGUAGCGUGCGGGAGCGGCGAUGCGCAAACGCUCUGCGUAACCGACGACGACAACGUGUGGAGUUGGGGCGAUGGAGAUUAUGGGAAGUUGGGAAGAGGCGGUAGCGACGGAUGCAAGGUUCCGCUGAAGAUAGAUUCCCUGGCCGGGCUCGGCGUAGUUAAAGUCGAAUGCGGCAGUCAAUUUUCGAUCGCUCUAACGAGAUCCGGAGCGGUUUACACCUGGGGCAAAGGCGACUAUCAUCGCUUAGGACACGGCACAGACGACCAUGUCCGUAGACCACGUAAAGUAGCCGCGUUGCAAGGGAAGAAGAUCAUUUCAAUAGCAACGGGCUCCUUGCACUGCGUCGCGUGUUCCGACAAGGGAGAGGUAUUCACUUGGGGCGACAACGACGAAGGCCAGCUCGGCGACGGUACCACGAGCGCGCUUCACAGGCCGAGAUUGGUACACGCGUUGCAGGGCAAGAAAAUCACGCGAGUCGCUUGCGGUAGCGCGCACACGCUAGCCUGGAGUACCGCGAAGGCAACGCAGAGCAGAAUGCCGGCGGCCACGCCGAUGGAAUACGAUCUGGUUAAAGAUCUGUCGUACUCCGUACUGCGCAAUAGGCUGGUAUUACUGCAUCAUUUCGCGGAACUGUUAUGCCCCGCUUUGGCCAUGUUUCCAAUCACCGGGCAUAUCGGGCUGAGCAAGCUGGCUCCUAUGCUGGUUUACAGUAUAAAGGAAGCGACAUUCCGCAAGGUUAUUCAAGCCACGAUGGUCAGAGAUCGUCAGCACGGACCUGUGAUCGAAUUGAACAGGAUACAGGUGAAAAGGGCCAGAGCCAAGGGUGGAUUAGCUGGACCAGAUGGCAUCAAGUCUGUCUUCGGUCAGAUGAUGUCAAAGAUGUCUCUCUUGACACAGGACGUACUGUUUCUACCUCAUAGAGUAUGGAAAGUGAAAUUUGUGGGGGAAAGCGUCGAUGAUUGCGGGGGUGGAUACAGCGAGAGUAUAGCAGAGAUGUGCGACGAAUUGCAAAACGGUUCCCUGCCGCUGUUUAUACCCACGCCAAACGGUCGCGAAGAUAACGGCACAAACCGAGAUUGCUUCUUGUUGAACCCCAUGGCCGACUCCCAAUUGCACAUGAAUAUGUUCCAGUUCUUAGGCAUUUUAAUGGGCAUUGCUAUACGAACCGGUAGUCCAUUGAGCUUAAAUCUAGCCGAGCCGGUUUGGAAGCAACUUGCAGGUAUACCUUUGACACCUGCGGAUCUGACGGAGGUCGACAGGGAUUAUGUCCCCGGCUUGCUUUGUAUCAGAGAUAUGGAUCCUGAUGAGAAAGUCUUUCAGACUUUGGAAAUGCCGUUCUCAACGACAUCCGCUGCUGGGCACGAUGUGGCAUUAUCUAACAGAUAUCUUAAAAUAACACCAGAAAAUAGACACGAAUAUGUAAGAUUGGCGUUAGAUUAUAGACUGCACGAAUUUGAUGCUCAAGUAGCAGCUGUACGAGAAGGCUUAUCGAAAGUCGUUCCUGUGCCCCUAUUGGCACUAUUUAGCGGUGCUGAGCUUGAAACGAUGGUCUGUGGUAGUCCAGACAUACCACUUAAUUUAUUAAAGUCCGUCGCGACAUAUAAAGGUAUCGAAGUGAUUGCGCCACUUGUUCAGUGGUUCUGGGAAGUCAUGGAUGAAUUUACGAAUCAAGAACGAUCGCUUUUCCUUCGUUUUGUUUGGGGUAGAACACGUUUGCCGCGCACAAUCGCAGAUUUUAGAGGCAGAGACUUUGUUUUACAAGUAAUGGACAAGUACAACCCACCGGACCAGUUUCUUCCUGAAAGCUACACUUGCUUUUUCCUCCUGAAGAUGCCGCGAUAUUCCAGCAAAGCGGUUCUACGACAAAAACUGAAAUAUGCAAUUCUCUUUUGUAAGAGCAUCGACACCGACGAAUACGCUCGAGUACAAGCUGCAACCAAUUCCGACACCGAUGAUACAGAUAGUUUAGCAAGCGAAGAACACACUUCGCUUUGAAUCAUUCAUUACGUGAAAUGGUUAUUUGUGUUUGAAAUAGCAUUUCCGUUGACUUCUUUAAACAUGUGUUCACAGAAUCUCCAAAAACAAAAAGUCCUAUUUUUCUUACACAGUAUACUAAUAUGCUACACACUACGCUAAUACUUAAAUACAUGUACUGCUUUUGUAGCACGACCAGUUUAUUGUAUAGUAGAUGUUAAUAACGAAAGGUAUAAAUAAACUAAGAUUAUUAGGGUA